AUCAAGCAUAAUAACCAGCAUUUCCGAUUUCAAAAACCUACCUGUAUGUUUUGAGCCGCUGUGCACUGAUCUCAACCAACCGAAAAACUCAAAGACAGCCGGAAAACGCAGGCGAGGUUGUCCGUUGUGGGGAAUCAGACUGCCACAAACGGUGAGAAACAAACUCCAGGUUUCAAGUUGAAGACAUGAAUGCGUUCAAAGCGUACAAGGCAUGUGUCCCAAUUGCUUAUAGCCCCAAUCUAUACAUUACUCUGGUGAGGGGUAUUCCGGGGACCAGGAAGCAACACAGGCGCACUUUGGAAGCAUUGCGUUUGGGCAAAUGCAACCGAACUGUCAUGCGAUGGAACACACCUACUGUUAGGGGAAUGAUCCAGCAGGUCAAGAGGUUAGUUGUUGUCGAGACAGAGGAGAUGUACAAGGGCCGCAAACAGAAGGAGGAAAACCAUCGAGCUCUUCGUCCUCCGUUGGUCAUAAACCAUCAACCUGCUCCUGCUGAGGGUACCUUGUAAUGUUUGAUUUGUUUUUAACGAUCUGGUCUUCUUACUACUAAAACUUUCAAAUGCCUAAGUUUUAGGCUGUGCCUCACAUGGUUAACUUGCUUUGAAGGUCAUGUUUUAGUUUUGAAUCUAUAAUUUUGAACCUGUUUCAACUGAUGCAACAACAUUAGUCAAAUUUAGGCAUCUGUUUGAAAACAGGCUAUCAAUUUCAGUUUGGAAUCAUUAAUUCCAUAAUUUCUUGUUUCUUUAUGGAAACAACUUUACAGUGUAGUUGGGCUUUGUUAUAUCCAUCUUUAAAUAUAAGAUUUUGUUCACUAAA